UUUUUCCUAUGGAAUUUUUUCGUAUCCCGGAAAUUUCGUAACGCGGUGCUUUCGUAUCCCGGGGUACCACUGUACAUUGCUCUUACCCAACCAGCCACCCCAUUUAUCUCAUAACAGGAUAUAGGUUAAGCCGAGAAAAGGAUUGACCAAGGUCAUCCAGUGAAUGUCCUGGCUCAAAGGGGACAUGAAGUUCCAGUCAAAGAACAGAUGCAGAAACAAUGCAGUUUGACCCCACUUUAACUGCCAUGGCUCAGUGCCAUGGAAUUCUAGCAUUUGUUGUGACAUCAGAAUUCUCUGACAGCGGAGACUAAAUGUCUCACCAAACUACAAUUCCUUGAGUUGGAUAGCAUUGAGCCAUGGUCGGUAAAGUGGGGUCAACCUGGAUUAUUUCUGCAGUGUGGAUGCAGCAUGUGUUGGCUUCAUCUUUAUAUGUUCAUGUUUAGCAAGGGAUAAGGGGAUGUAGAAAUAGAACAGUUUCAUAAGCAGACUUCUCCUACAUUUGUAGUCUUCAGUGUUACAGCAAAACAGAUCUGCAGGGCUGAUGCUUCUUUUGAUUCCCGUUAUGAAUCCUUGCUUUGCUGUUAGGCUGGCUUAAUGGGAAGUGAGGUGCUGAAGACGCUCCCUAUUCUUCUCCCCCUUUGUGCUUUUGAAUUGGGCAAACCCAUGAUGAUAUACUCUGAUGUUGCAGUUUAUUGAUCACCCCCAUACUUUUUUUUUCCAGAUACGGAUUGGCUUUACUUAAACCAUGAUGGCAGAGUCACUGCCCUUCUCUGUGGGUACCCCUGUGCCCACCUGGGACCUGGAGUCCUGGUAUGAAGACUUGCAGGAGGUGCUCUCCUUGGAUGUAACCAGCAGGACAGACCCCCCAGACGUUGGGGGGCAGGAAUUGGAGGAGUUUAGCCUUGACAGUACAGCUCUGCUGUGGAACCUGGAAACUUCAGACCCUCUGGAACCCAGUGGAGGCACAGUGACUGGAGCCUGUGAGCUGGAACCUGAUCUCACAACUGAACUCCUGGAACUGCUAGGUGAGGAGCCCACAGCAGCCCCAGAGUCAGACUCUAGCCACAGCUCCCCUCCCCAGACUGGAACAGAUGAUGAUGAGGUGUCUACCAGUCGGAAGAGGAAGCGGAGUGGACAGCCCCAGGGGGGCAAGAGGCAGUGUGGGAGAGAGAGAGAGCAGCAGAAUGAGCACAGGGUGGCUGAGCUAAUGGCCCAAAAUGAGCACCUCCAGCGAGAAAUAGAGCGUUUGAGUGCAGAGGUGGAAGCCACCAGAGCAGCCCUCAUCCAGCGAAUGGUGAGCCUAAAGAAUUGAUGGCACUGAAGCACCUGCCAUCAGUACUGAACUGAUGACUAUGUACAGUAGACUAAAAAGAACGUUACUCCGUUACUCUGUUCUUCUCAAACCUCAGCAUCAUUAAUUUUAAAUGACAUGCUAAGGGAAAGGGACACCUGUGUAUGCAGCAAAUGUAUCUUAAUUGCUGCAACUUGUGGAGCAUCUGACUUUGGGCAUGAAUUGCUGCUUUUUGAGUCUGCCACAGUGAGUUUGCCUUGCAGAAUAUGAACUACAGUGAAGGUGACAAUGCAGUCUAACCAUAAAGUUCAUUCCUGAGCCAACAGACUCCUUCAUUCCGGCAAGCCUAUCCACCCAAUCUUCUGUAACGACAUCAUUUACUCUUCUAUCCAGGAUCAGAACAUUUUAUCUUAUAAAUGUUGAGUGCACUGUUUUUAACUGUUUUAAUGUUUUAAAUUAUAUGUUUUAUUCUUGUAUUUUAUUGUUAGUGUUGGGUUGUAAUCCCACCUUGA